UGCAACAGGAAGAAGGUGGUCUCGAGCACAGGAGAGGAGAGAUUACUGUGCCAUUGAACUUAUUAUUCUCGAGACAAAUUAAAGAAACAUGGUUCGGUGGCUGCCAUUGGAAUCAAAUCCAGAUGUUAUGAACAAGUUUGCAACAAGUCUUGGUUUGAAGCCAAGUUGGAGUUUUGUAGAUGUGCUUGGACUUGAUUCUGAACUUUUAGCUAUGCUGCCGCAGCCCACAUGCGCUCUUCUACUUCUUUUUCCAACAAGUGACAAGUACCAUGAAUUCAAGAAAGAACAAGAAGAAACAGUGAAGCGAAAAGGCCAGGAGGUGAGCCCUAAUGUGUACUUCAUGAAGCAGACAAUAGGAAAUGCAUGUGGAACAGUAGCCAUAAUACACUCCAUUGCAAACAACACAGAUGUUCUAGAGUUUGAUGAGAAAGGUUUUUUGAAGAACUUUAUAGACGCCACAAAAUCAUUGUCGCCAGACGAAAAAGGACAGAAACUGGAAGUUGAUGAGAAAAUUGGUGAUAUACAUGAAGCUUGUGCCCAAGAAGGUCAGACAGAGGCACCUCCUGCUGAAGAGCAUGUUGACCUUCAUUUUGUUGCCAUUGUGCACAAGGAUGGAAGUUUGUAUGAAUUAGAUGGGAGGAAGUCAUGUCCUAUAAAUCACGGCAAAACAACACAAGAGACAUUUUUAAAGGAUGCAGCUGAAGUAUGCAAAGAGUACAUGAAAAGGGACCCUACUGCAUUAAACUUCACAGUAGUUGCACUGUCCAAUACAAAAUGAGUUCUGCAGGUUCACAUCAUUGCAAAACACAAAUUUAUUCUCCAGCAAUAGUAAAAUUAAAUUAUGAACACAGUGUGUUUUUAGCUGUUCUUUUUUCACUAUAAAUGUAAAUCUUAAUGAAGGAAAUAUUAGACACAAUUUUGGUUGUUUUAAAUGAAGAGAAAAAAUAAAACAAUCAAGAAGCAAA